AUUUACUGUGAAUUCUAUCCACGCGUCCUCCAAUAAUUAAUUCCCACUCUAUCCUCUCUUAUUUUUCCCGAAAAGAAACUUAGUCCAGUCCCUAAGCUUCCCUGCUGCAGAACUCCCAAACAAAGAUGCUUCUUCUGAUCACACUGUUUUGGUGGAACCAACCUAUCCUCCUUUUAUCUACAAAGCUAGGCACCCAUAGCCAUUUCAUUAAGCUCGUACAGAGGAUUGGAAAUUGGAAAUUGGAAGUCAGAAGAGGAAACAAGAAAGUGGCCAGGAGAAAACAUCACUGCAGGAAAGAUUCCAUCUUUUGUUUAUUCAGCAAACAUUUCAAAACUUUGAGCUCGCGUGAGUGCUUGUGGUGAAAUGGAUAGGUACGAAAUAGUGAAGGACUUGGGGUCUGGUAACUUUGGUGUGGCCAAGCUUGUGAGGGAUAAGAGCACCAAAGACCUCUUUGCUGUUAAAUUCAUUGAAAGGGGCCGAAAGGUCUUUCAGUCUUUUUUAAUUUCCCAUUCUUUUCCCCACUCCCCUCCUCCUGAUCAAGAUCACUCCUUUUUUUUAAGUUCUAUAGCAUGCAUACUCCAUUUCUUAUUGUCUGCUGGUAUCUGUCCUCUUUGCCUUCAUUUCUAUGGAUGACAGAUUGAUGAGCUGGUGGAAAGGGAAAUCAUGAAUCAUAGAUCAUUGAAGCAUCCUAAUAUAGUCAGAUUCAAGGAGGUCUUGCUGACACCUACUCAUCUAGCAAUUGUUAUGGAGUAUGCUGCUGGAGGUGAACUCUUUCACAGGAUUUGCAGUGUUGGAAGAUUUAAUGAAGACGAGGCAAGGUUCUUCUUUCAACAACUCAUAUCUGGCGUCUCCUACUGCCAUUCAAUGCAAAUCUGUCAUAGAGAUCUCAAAUUGGAAAACACAUUACUAGAUGGAAGUACUGCCCCGCGUGUCAAAAUUUGUGAUUUUGGCUACUCUAAGUCAGAAGUGUUUCAUUCUCAACCGAAAUCAACUGUGGGAACACCGGCAUAUGUUGCGCCUGAGGUGCUGACAAGAAAAGAGUAUGAUGGGAAGAUAUUUGGUCUUGUGGGGUCACUCUAUAUGUCAUGCUGACUGGUGCUUAUCCUUUUGAAGAUCCAAGUGAUCCAAAAAACUUCAGAAAGACCAUUGCUAGAAUACUUGGGACCCAAUAUUCAAUCCCCAAUAAUAUUUACAUCUCUGUCGAGUGCCAACAUCUUCUAUCAAGAAUCUUUGUGGCAAAUCCGGAAGAGAGGAUAAAGAUUACUGAAAUUAGAAGACACCCAUGGUUUGUGAAGAACUUGCCUAUAGAACUAAUGGAGUUUGGGAGCUAUGAAAGCAUGGAUGUGAAUAAUCCUACACAAAGCUUGGAGGAGAUAUCGGGUAUAAUCGAGGAGGCGAGAAGAGUGGUAGUUCACACGGGGAGAGGAGAAACAUACUCAUUGGGUGGGGGGAGUAUGGAACUUCUUGACGACUUCGAUGACUUAUCCUACAAUACAUCUGAUGAUUAUAUUGACUCAAGUUGUGAUUUAACUCUAAACUCUUUUUGAGAUGGAAAUAAACUGCAUCUGUCCAAUUGAGAGUUUACUUCCAAGUACCAAGCUAGCUGCCUUUGAUUCCAAGUGCCUCUGUCAUGCACUGUUUAUUUAGUGGUGGGAAAAAAUAUGACCGCUUUAUGAGGCUGAUUACACUCAAUCCAUGGGUGAAAAAAUGGAAAGGGCCAAAUUUGGGUUUUUCAUCUAAAAAGUUUUAUGCAAUCCAAUUAAGUCUUGGAAGGGUCCAAAAUUAAUAUUGAUAUAUGUCAGCCAUCUGAGGUGAAAGUUCACCUCAUAUAUCCCUACGGUAUCAACAUCUAACACAUGGAGUCUCCAGGAUGCGCUAAGGCCACUUCAAUAGAGGCUGAGCCUCCUAAGACUGAGCUCGAGAUAAGUCUAGAAUUGCAGCCGGGGCCAAGGUCGACCCAGGCCGAGGUUCACAACAUUCCCAAGACGACAUCCAAGCUCGAGGCUCGAUCCGUCUCCAGGACCUUGGGAUCAAAAUAGCAAUUCCCAUCGGCAAUCAAGAUGAGCUUAACCUCAUCACACCCAAGUUGGACAUCGUCACACAUAUCCAUGGGCAUCACCAAGGAUGAGCUCUGAACCUCAGAUAAAGAGUGUUUUUAGACACUUCGGUGCUAAAGAUCACACGACAUUAAGGAUUGACAUCACCUUGUGAGGGCAAUUUAUACCGUGAAAAACCACGCUCGUUUCAUUCAAAACGACGCAGCUGCAGUUUCAUUCCAUUAUUUUUUAUUUCUUUUAUUGUUAAAAAUUGUAAUAACUUUUUUAUUUGAUAUCCGAUUUUUAUAUAUUUUAUAUCAAAAUUUUUUAUUUUUCAUGAUCUAUCAAAUGAGAUCAAUAUUGCUUAUGUAAUUUUAACAAAUUAUUUUGAAGUUACAUUUGAUAAUAUAUCAUGAAGUUACAUCUUCUU